GUCUCAGGAGCGGAGGCAGAGGCGGCCGCACGGCGACACUACGCUAGCACGCAGAGACGACGAUGGCCGGCGCGCGCGGUGUCCUCCAGGCGCUGCUCGUCGCCGCCUUCUUGCUGCUGGCGGCGAACGCCGCGGCGGCCGUCACGGUGGAGGGCUCGACGACGCCGGAGCCGGACAACAUCCAGCCGCUGUCCACGCUCAAGAUCGACGCCGCGCGCGUCAUGAUGGACGCCGGCUCCGUCAUCCACGCCUCGCCGGAGCUCCUCGGCGCCGACGGGGAGGAUUCGGCCUGGGUAGCCGUCAACUUCACGACGCCGGCGCCCACCGCCGACCACUGGAUCGCGCUCUUCUCUCCGGCCAACUUCGAUUUGAUCAUGGGAGGGAACCAGAGCGAUGCUAGGAUCAGUGCAGAAGGUGACGACGAAGCACCUGCCGGAUUACCCAUGGCUCCCAUUAAGUACAAGUUUGCGAACAUCUCGCCGAAUUUCAUGAGCUCCGGCAGUGGUAACAUCAGCUUCCUGCUCAUCAACCAGCGCUACGAUUACGCCUUCGGGCUCUUCUCUGGUGGCAAGGACAAUCCUCAACUCGUUGCCGUUUCAAACAAGAUCUCAUUUGCCAACCCGAAAGCUCCUGUCUUCCCUCGUCUGUCACAAGGAAAAGAAUGGAACGAGAUGGCUGUGACAUGGACGAGUGGUUACAACGUCGAUGAAGCAUACCCCUUUGUGGAAUGGAGAAUGACGGGGGACGACGACGCUAGACGGACGCCUGCCGGCACCCUCACUUACACCAGAGGCCAUUUGUGUGGCAAACCAGCUAAUGCAGAAGGGUACAGAGAUCCUGGCUUCAUCCACACAGCCUUCCUGAAGAACUUGUGGCCAAACAGGGAGUAUACUUAUCGCAUUGGGCAUGAAUUACCUGAUGGAACCAGAGUAUGGGGCAAGUCCUACACCUUCCGUGCACCACCUUCACCAGGGCAAGCUUCCCUUCAGAGAGUUGUCAUCUUCGGAGACAUGGGCCUUGGGCAAAGCGACGGAAGCAACGAGCUCGCCGGAUUUCAGCCGGGGGCGCAGGUGACGACGGAGCGGCUGAUCGAGGAUCUGCCCAACUACGACGCCGUCUUCCACAUCGGCGACCUCUCCUACGCCAAUGGCUUCCUGGCGCAGUGGGACCAGUUCACGGCGCAGAUCGAGCCGGUGGCCUCCAGGGUGCCCUACAUGGUGGCGAGCGGCAACCACGAGCGGACGUCCCGGGACACCGGCGGCUUCUACAACGGCGACGACUCGCACGGCGAGUGCGGUGUGCCGGCGGAGACCUACUUCUACGCGCCGGCGGAGAACCGGGGCAAGUUCUGGUACGCCGCCGACUACGGCAUGUUCCGGUUCUGCGUCGGCGACACGGAGCACGACUGGCGGCCCGGGACGGAGCAGCACGCGUUCCUGGACCGCUGCUUCGCGGCGGCGGACCGGAAGCACCAGCCGUGGCUGGUGUUCGCCGCCCACCGCCCGCUCGGCUACUCGUCGAACGACUUCUACGCCAAGGAGGGCUCCUUCUCGGAGCCCAUGGGGCGGAGCCUCCAGCCGCUGUGGCAGAAGCACCGCGUCGACCUCGCCGUCUACGGCCACGUCCACAACUACGAGCGCACCUGCCCGGUCUACGAGAACACGUGCACGGCGGCUCCGGCGGACACCAAGAACGGGACCGCCACCUACUCCGGCGCGCUGGGCGGCACGAUCCACGUCGUGGCGGGCACCGGCGGAGCCAAGCUGAAGGGCUACGCCGGCGGCGACUGGCCGCAGUGGAGCGUGGCGAGGAACGAGAGCUACGGGUACGUGAAGCUGACCGCGCGCGACCACUCGCGGCUGGAGUUCGAGUUCAUCCGCAGCGACGACGGCGCCGUGCUCGACGCCUUCGCCAUCGAGAGGGACUACAAGGACAUCCUCGCCUGCGCCGUCGACGCCUGCGACCCCCACACCUUGGCCAACUAAUUUUAUAUUUAUAUUCUCAGCAAAUUAGAUCUUUUUUAGGAAAACUUGUGAACUUUCAUUUUCAUUGGAGGACAAUUUUGAGUAAU